UGAUGCCGAGAGCGUGACGACGUUCUCCCAUUUUUCCUCAGUCGGUAAAGCCCUCUCGGUGGCGUCGGUCCAUUUGUUGUCAUUAUCUGGUGGUUGGGUUAGGCAAUAAUACUGUUCUCGGACACACAGGAUGAAGGUAAAAGCGUGCAAAAUGUCCGGAGAUAUCAGCCUGGCGUGCUCCACACUCUCCAAAAUGCUGCUCCACGCUGCCCGCUACCCCCAGUCUUCUGUGAGUGGGGUGGUGCUGGCCCAGGCAAGAGGGGGGGACACCACCUCCAACACUGUGGUCCUGGUCGAUGCCGUUCCUCUCUUCCACUUACAACUCAGUCUGGCCCCCAUGCUAGAGGUGGCACUCACUCAGAUUGAACAGCGAUAUAAAUCAGAAGGGUUAAUAAUAGCCGGUUACUACCAAGCCAAUGAACAUAUAAGAGACAAUGUUCCAGACUUCGUGGCCUUGAAAAUAGCGGAGAAGAUCGCGGAAAACAACAACGACUCCUGCCUGAUAAUGAUUGACAACAAAAGAAUGUGUCUGAACCUCAUGUCAGCUCCAGUAAUUGUUUCACAGUUGACAUCAGAAGGAAAGUGGAAGAGCAAAGAGAAGGCGAGUGUACAUGUGGAAGCUGGGUCACUGGAGGUCAUAUCACAGCUACUGCAGCGUAGAGUUCAGCACGACAUAAAUGACUUUGAUAAUCACUUGGACGACCUGACCUGCGACUGGUCCAACCCUCACAUCAACAAGGUCCUGACCACUCUUACAGCAGCAGCCCAAGACUAGCAUCACUGUAGGUGUUAAUGAGGAAGUGUGUUUAAUGGUCCAAUCCCCGAGUUCUGUUCGGUCACCGUCUUCAAUAGGUAAUGUUAGUUCUGGCACUCGUUAAGUCAUUAGGUUUGUUCUGCUGUCCAGUACUUCCAUAUUUACUGUCCACAGAUGUGAGGAAAUGUGUGCAGGAGAUGUACAUGUCAGAUGUCUAAUUGAGAGUACAGUAUAGUAUUUGUUUGAGGAGUACAGUACAGUAUGUAGUACUGUACCAGUUUCUCUUAUGAGUGGCCCUUUUAUUAACUUUAUGCCAGCCAUACAGGUCAGCAUAAUGAUAUUCAAGUGACUCCAAAUGUAUAUACAGUACUAAGGCCAGCAUUACAGUUUCUUAUUUUAUUUUACUUAUUUUUUGUUAUAGAAUUACAAAAUGAAUGUACUUUUUUCAUAUUAUUUAAUUAUAUAUCGUAAUUAAUUCUUCAGUUAUUGUAGCAAUUUAUGUAAUAUAUUUUUCCCCAUAUUAUUAUUUACAAUGUAUACAGUAGAACCCUGUGUAAAGGCUGCUGUCUUAUAUAUCAUUAGGUGGACAGACAGUGUAGUGGAAUAGCUCACAUAACUUUCAGCAAGAUAUGAGAACCUUUUUCUCCUCCACAAUAUUAUUAGACAUACUGUACAUUACUGUGUUACUCUUGAUAAAUAAACCUCACACACACGUGCGCACGCACACACACACACACACACACACACACACACACACACACACAUAUCACAUUAUAACCCCUCUUGUACAGAGUUCCCUCUCUGCUGAAUAAAAUUGUCUGUUGUUCGGCAAAUAAACUAUUAAAAGUAGUCUCCCAUAAUAAAAGGGUGAAACGUAAGAGAAGAAUAUUCUAUUUUUACCUUCUGAGGUAAAUGUUGGUCGUGGAAACAACACUUGUCUUAACUUCUCGGAGCAAAGUUCCUGUUGUGUUUAGGCCCCGGGGACACCAUUGUUGGGGCACGCAGGCGAGUGGUUACAACUCUCUCCUCCUGUUCCUGGGGUCAUUCGUUCUAUUCCCAGGCACUCCCAAUUCAUCCCGCUGUGAAUUGGUACCUAAGUUUACAACUUGGGGAAGUGAAGACGGUUGAGUGCAGUACCGGCCAUGCUGCCUCCUUGUGUACCGAAGGUUUAGCAUACAGUGUGCUGUAUCCACACUGUCCUUAAUGGGCAGUCAUGCCUAUGGGACCCAGUUUCACUUUCCACACCAUUGUUGAAGAGCAGCGGCUGUACCACCACCUCAUUUUCAUAUCAUAGUGCACAGUAUGGUGGUGGACUCUGUCAUCCACAAGGAACACAUCUUUUGAAGCUGAUUAGGGACUUAUUUUUUAAUUUUCCUAAUUUUCUUGCUCGCUGCAGCAUCACCAUAAUUCUACACUUGACCUUUCAUAAUACACAAACACAAUAUGGAAGUUGUAGUAUUUGGUGGGCAGAGAGAGAGAGAGAUGAUCCUGGUGGUGUAGCGACUAAUGCUGCCUCCAUCUUUUGGUGUCAUCUGUGGAGUGACUGGAAUAACCCAACCAGGCUAUAUAGGAACUAUCUUGUGCAGGACAAACUUGAGUCACAUUACACUCGAUGUGUUUAGCUGUGGGAUGACAUUAUAUGGGAUUCUACUGUAUACAUAGUAAGUAAUUUUAUCCCAGUAAAGGUAAUGAAAAAUAUGGGUUAUAGUGUUGCUAAGUUUACUGUAUAUAUUUUGUUUUUAUAUUAUAAUCAUACAAUUGGGGUAAAAUAAUACAUUAAGACUUACCCAACCAUUUUAUCAGUAAUCUUCUCCUUCAACUGAUACUGCUGAUUAAAAUUUGUCCAAGAAAAAAUAAAUAAAAUACAGUA